UGUGUGUUCGCCUUCCAGGUCUCCAAUGACAUCACUCUCAUAGAACACCGUUCAAUAUCCACCAUUCCUGACCAAAACGUCGUGCACUAUCUACGGAACCACGGCAUAUCUUCCAAGAGAACUAGUAAUUCUGUGGCGCAAUGUGGCUCAGCAGGCACGUGGCGCUUUAUUCGUUCGCCACGAUGACGCGCACUCGACUGGAGCUCCCGUUCGAGCGUAAUGCCCUGGGUUAUUAGCCCACCACCCCGCAGCUUACAUUGCGACAUUACCUGUUAUACGUGAUAUACAUACGGUUUUUUUAUCCUUUGGUCUUCUUUCUACCCAUUCGACACUCAGCUCUCUCAUAUCGACCACACACCAUGGCAGACUUCGCACCACCACCGGGCCCUCCCCCGCCAAAGGUACCUGAAGGCUGGAAGGCCGUCUGGAACCCGCAAUACAACGAGUGGUUCUACGUCAACACCUAUACAAAGCAGUCGCAAUGGGAUAAGCCAACCGAGGCAGUCUAUCCUCCCGGCGAAGCCCCGCCUGCUGGCGCACCCCCCGGAUAUGCGCCUCCAGCAAGUGGUGCGGUAGGCGGAUACCCCAGCGAGAAGGGAGGCUUCGGCAGCAACAACCCAUACGCGAACACGAGCGAGGAUGAGGCGCUUGCCAGGAGGCUACAAGAAGAAGAACAAGCGCGCGCCAGCGGACACUCGAGCGACACGCGCGGACAUGCGAACGACUACUACCAGCAGCCUGGCCAGUCGCAACCACCACAGUACGGCGGCUAUGGACAGCAGACCGGCUCGUACCCGCAAGAGCAACAACACGACUCGAGUACACAAGACAAGGGAAGCAAGGGCAAAGGACUGCUAGGCAAGAUCCUCGGAAAGGCCACUGGCUCGUCUCAUUCAUCGUCAUCGCACGGUUACCCACAACAACAGCAUGGUUACGGCCAGCCAGCAUACGGCCAGGCAGGUUACGGUGGAGGCUACGGAGGCGGAGGCUACGGCCGGCCCAUGGGCGGCGGUAUGCCUAUGGGAGGCGGCAUGGGUGGCGGCAGGCGUCCGGGAGGCGGCGGCAUGGGUGGCAUGGCCCUUGGAGCCGGAGGAGGUCUGCUGGCAGGUGGGCUCAUCGGAUCAGCAAUGGCGGGAGACGGUGGUGACACCUAUGUCGAGAAUAACUACGGUGACGAUGAUAUGGGUGGAGGAGAUAUGGGCGGUGGUGAUGACAUGGGCGACAUGGGCGGAGACUUCUAAGGCGACGCGGUGCAUCCUAGUAGUUCUACGGUUUUCUUACCUAUUUAGAUUUUUAGGUCGCCCUUUCUAUGCUAUCAUAGCAAAAUAAUAUCUUCAUCUUUG